AUGGCAAUGACAAACAAUAAAACACAAUGUGUUAUAUGUAAUAAAGAUAAAAUAACAUAUCUUUGUGAAGGAUGUUCGAAAAACUUUUGUUUAAUCGAUUUAACAAGACAUCGUCAACUAUUAAAUGAAGAACUACGUCAUAUUAUUGAUGAUUAUGAUCAAUUUAAAGAAAGAUUUGGUGAACAAAAGCCGAAUCCACAUGAUCUUUCAUUAAUAAAUGAAAUUAAUCAGUGGGAAAUGGAUUCAGUUAUAAAAAUUCAACAAAAAGCAAGAGAUUGUAGAGAAAUUGUCAUUAAAUCAUCACAAACACGUAUUAACGAUACUGAAAAGAAACUUAAUGCUUUAUCUGAACAAAUAAAACAAAUUCGUGACGAAAAUGAAUUUAAUGAAAUUAAUUUAGAAUAUUUAAGAAAUGAAUUAAUGAAAAUUAGACAAGAAUUAAAUAGUCCAUCAAAGACUUAUAUUCAACAAGAGACUCAAUCAAUUAUUAAUGAAAUUUCAAUUAUUUCAUUAGAAAGACCAACAUUCAAUAAAUGGAAACAAAAUGCCAUCACUGUAGCUGGUGGAAAUGGAUAUGGACACGAAUUAAAUCAAUUCAAAUACCCUUAUGGGAUCUUUAUUGAUAAAAACAAAAAUAUUUUCAUUGCUGAUUAUUGGAAUCAUCGUAUUGUUGAAUGGAAAUAUAAUGCAGAAGAAGGAGAUAUCAUUGCAGGUGGAAAUUAUCAAGGAAAUCGAAUGGAUCAAUUGAAUUCUCCAACGGAUGUGAUUGUUGAUCCAGAAAAUCAUUCGAUCAUCAUUGCUGAUCAAGGAAAUAGAAGAGUGAUUCAAUGGUUGAAUCAAAAUCAAGACAUUCUCAUUGAUAAUAUUGACUGUUUUGGAGUAGCAAUGGACAAACAUGGAUUUCUUUAUGUAUCUGAUCAUAAGAAGAAUGAAGUGAAACGAUGGAAAAUGGGUGAAUACAACAACGAAGGAAUUAUAGUGGCAGGUGGAAAUGGAAAAGGAAAUGAACUCAAUCAACUCGAUUUACCUGCUUAUAUCUUUGUUGAUGAAGACCAAUCUAUUUAUAUAUCAGAUAGGGAUAAUCAUCGUGUGAUGAAAUGGAGAAAAAAUGCAGAAGAAGGAAUAAUUGUGGCUCAAAAAAAUCUGAAUCAAUUAUCUUAUCCUCGAGGAGUAAUUGUUGAUGAUUUGGGUCGAAUCUAUGUAGCAGAUAUGUGGAAUAAUCGAGUAAUUCGUUGGUGUGAAGGAGAAGAAGACGGUGAAAUUGUUGUUGGUGGAAAUGGAAAAGGAAGCGAAUCAAAUCAAUUGGAUAAUCCUUAUGGUUUAUCUUUUGAUAACGAAGGCAAUCUUUAUGUUGCUGAUAAUGGAAACUUUCGAGUUCAAAAAUUCGACAUAGUUUUGUAA